AUGGAUGAACUCGACGACAUACCUCUUUACGUUGACAAUAUUUUGAAAGGAUUAACAUCUUCGAAACAUUCAUUAAAAUACGUCGACGUCAGUUUCGUUUCUCGUAUACCGGAUGACCAGUCCCUAUCAUUGUCUCAAUUCAAACGACUACAGGUUGCAAAGCUUUCGCCAUCUCCCCCCAAAUGGUCAAGCGAAAGCCCAAUUGAGGAUGAAUCUCAGUUGAUCAAUUUCUUGCCGCCCGGUUUGAGGAUUUUGGUGUGCAAACCAUCCUUUGACGAACACGAUGUUGUUAGCUUGGAACAACUCUAUAAUCUCGUCGCCGAAAAGGAAAAAUAUGUUCCUGAAUUGCGAAAGAUUGAACUAAUUUGGGAUGACGCUAUUGUUAAAUACAAAUGUGAAGAUUGUGAGAAUCAUUGCGAAUUGAGCGAGAAGAUCCCUUUCUUAACGAAGCUUAUUGCAGAGUGCAAAGUAAAGAAUAUUUGUAUUUUCUCCGGUCACCCCUCAUGGAAAGCUAGCGGCACCCCAGAACCAGAGGACUCAGAAAACACUGAAGGACUUUUGGGGGAUUUAUUAUAG